AUGGUCGCCGCCUUAGACGCGUACGCAGUCGCAGCGCGAUGCGGCUCGGCGUCCCCCCAUCACUUGCCUCGUCCACAGGCACCGCCCCUACUCAUUCGCUUGCCUCGCUUUCGUCCGCUUCGGUUGCUUCCAUUUCUUUCUUUCCCUUUGCUUAAAUUUUGUCGUGGAUUUUUGUUUCUUAUGUAACUAUUACUUUAUUUAACUUGAUCCUUUCAGACAAGAAAAUGGCCAAGGGAGCUGUUGCCAAAACCAAGAAGGCUGCUUCGCCUGUCAAGAAAGUCGCGAAGAAAGGAGGAAAGGCAAAGGUUUUCUAAAAUCUCAUCAGUUUGUAUAAUUCGUUCCUGUUCUAGGACCCGAACGCUCCUAAGAGAGCCAUGUCCGCUUUCUUCUUCUGGAUGCAAGAGAACCGCGAGCGCAUCAAGAAGCCAGGAAUGGGAGUCGCUGACGUCGCCAAGGCUGCUGGUGUCGAGUGGGGAAAACUGUCCGAUAAGAGCGUAAGUUUUAUUCUGUUAAAUUUUAGUUAUAAAUUGUUAAACAUUUGUUUGAGUGCAAGACCAAUGUCAGUUUCCCAUGUUAGAAAAUAAUUUUUCAAUAUUCUAUUUUCAGAAAUGGGAGAAGAAAGCUUCCGAAGACAAGAAACGGUACGAAGUCGAGAUCGCCAGCUACAAGAAGAAGGCCUAA